GUGGAUCACUUUUGAUGGGUUCCGGUUCCGGAAAGGGUUUGAGACCCCGCCCUUCGCUCGCUAGGAGGGAGUCCGCCGGCGCCGGCGGCCGCAGGACUGUCCAGAAAGAAAUUUUCCAGGGAGAUCUUACUUGAAACACCGAUAGUUCUUGCACAGCUAAAAUGACAUCCACUUGGGCUAUCCAGGCCCACAUGGACCAGGAUGAACCUUUGAAAGUAAAGAUAGAGGAGGAGGAGAAGUAUAUCACCAGACAAAAUUGGAACCUGCGUAAAAACAACACGCAUAGCAGAGAGGUCUUCCGUCAGUACUUCAGACAGUUCUGCUACCAGGAGACAUCUGGUCCCCGUGAGGCUUUGAGCCGACUCCGAGAGCUUUGCCAUCAGUGGCUGAGGCCAGAGACCCACACCAAAGAACAGAUCCUGGAGCUACUGGUGCUGGAGCAGUUCCUGACCAUCCUACCUGAGGAGCUCCAGGCCUGGGUGCAGGAGCAGCAUCCAGAGAGUGGGGAGGAGGUGGUGACUGUGCUGGAGGAUUUAGAGAGAGAGCUGGAUGACCCAGGAGAGAGGGUCUUACCUCACACUGAGGAACAGAAAAUGUUCUUGCAAGAGAUGGUAUCUCUAAGAAAAGAAGGAGAACCCAGUAUGUCCCUCCAGUCCAUGAAAGCCCAGCUAAAGUAUGAAUCUCCAGAACUUGAAUUCCAACAGAAGCAAGUUUUAGAUAUUGAGACUGGAAAUGAGUUUGGGAAUUUAAAGCAAGAAGUUUCUGAAGAAAUGGAACCACAUGAGAAUACAUCCAGUAAACUUGAAAAUGCUAUGUCCCAGUCUGUUAGGUGUAGAGAAACUUAUGAACCUGAAGAAAUAGCAGAAGAGCCCUCUGCACACUCCAGAGAAGAUAAACAACCUACCUGUGAUGAAAGUGGAGUAAGCCUGACUGAGAACUCGGACCAUACUGAACAUCAGAGAAUCUGUCCAGGAGAAAAAUCUUAUGGAUGUGAUGACUGUGGAAAAGCUUUCAGUCAGCACUCACACCUCAUAGAACAUCAGAGGAUCCAUUCUGGAGACAGACCCUACAAAUGCGAAGAAUGUGGAAAAGCUUUCCGUGGGAGAACUGUGCUUAUUCGACACAAAAUAAUACACACUGGAGAGAAACCAUAUAAGUGUAAUGAGUGUGGCAAAGUCUUUGGCCGAUGGUCAGCUCUUAACCAACAUCAGAGACUUCACACAGGAGAAAAACACUAUCACUGCAAUGAAUGUGGCAAAGCCUUUAGUCAGAAAGCAGGCCUCUUUCACCAUAUCAAGAUCCACACAAGAGACAAACCUUAUCAGUGUACUCAGUGUAAUAAAAGUUUUAGUCGGCGUUCCAUACUUAUUCAGCAUCAAGGAGUUCAUACUGGCGCGAAGCCCUAUGAGUGCAACGAGUGUGGAAAAGCCUUUGUUUAUAACUCAUCUCUUGUUUCCCAUCAGGAAAUCCACCACAAAGAAAAAUGCUAUCAGUGUAAGGAAUGUGGGAAAUCUUUCAGUCAGAGUGGCCUUAUUCAGCAUCAGAGAAUUCACACUGGGGAAAAACCCUACAAAUGUGAGGUAUGUGAAAAAGCCUUUAUUCAAAGGACAAGUCUUACAGAACAUCAGCGAAUUCACACUGGAGAAAGACCCUAUAAAUGUGAUAAGUGUGGGAAGGCGUUUACUCAAAGAUCGGUCCUCACGGAACAUCAGAGAAUCCACACUGGAGAAAGGCCCUACAAGUGUGAUGAUUGUGGGAACGCCUUCCGAGGAAUCACCAGCCUCAUUCAGCAUCAGAGAAUCCACACUGGAGAGAAGCCCUACCAAUGCGAUGAGUGUGGGAAAGCCUUCAGACAGAGGUCAGAUCUUAGUAAACACCAGAGAAUCCAUAAUAGAGGUGGUCCUUAUAUAUGUAAAGAGUGUGGGAAAUCAUUCAGGCAGAACUCAGCUCUUACUCAACAUCAGACUAUCCACAAAGGAGAAAAAUCUGUUUCUGUGUGAUGACUACAGGGAAGUAAUCUCACAGAGUUCAGGCCGGAAGAAGACCACCUACAAGGAAAUACUUCUGAAAAAUCACUGUUAACCCCAAGCUGGAGUGAAUCUUCUCCUGAGCUCUCUCAUUCCAGAAUGGCAAUCGUGCUACAUGUAGAAAAGAUCUCUAAUAGUGACUGAUGGUAAAGGAAGAAGGCUGUGCCUGGGAUAAAGAAUCAGGCUGGCAAAGAAAUCACAGAUCUUUCCUCAAACUUUACAUUGUUAUUAUGUGGAUAUAGCUGCCUGGACUUCACAGAGCUGUCAGAAAACUUAGGAAGCUUUGCCAGUAGUUCCUGAGGCCAGAAAUACAUGUCAAGAAGUAGGUGCUGGUGUCCUGGCCCCUAUUUGUGAAGCUGCAGAUAUAAGUAGGAUAAUAUCAUAAUCCAGAAUGUGGAGAGGAGGCAAUCCAUGAUGCUGGAAAAGUUGAAGAGACAGCUUGAAUGAAGGACAAACCACAGAUGGUGUUACUGAGAAGGAAACUAAGGACUUGGCUCCAAAACAAAAACAUUCUGGAGAUGCUGAGUUUUGUGGGGUGGGGAACUGCAACGUCAAUGCAGUAAGUGUGGUAAAAGCCGUAGCUUCUGGUGAGUCAUUACUCAGCAUCAUGGAGUCCACAAUGAAGAGAAUCUCUGCAAUCUCUGCAAUCAACAAGUUUUGAAAGGCUUUUGUUUAUAGUGGAUGCCUCUUUUCCCCCCAGAAGAUUCACUACAAGGAAAAAUGCUAUCAUUAUAAGGAAUGUGGGAAAGUUUUCAGCCACAUGGCCUUAUUUGACAUCAAAGAAUCCACGUAAGAGACUGCAUAAAUGUGAUAACUGAGAAGGCCUUUGUUCAGCAAGGAAACCUUAUACAACCUUGUUUGACAAAUGUAGGAAGACCUUCACCCAGACGCAAGGACUGACUGUGCACCAGAGAAUCUGCACGAUAAACGAGAUGAAUGUGGAAAUGCUUUCCAUUGUGUACCAGCUUUCCUCAGCAUUGGUGCAUUCACACUAAAGGGAAACCCUACCAGUGUUAGACUAUGGAAAAGUCUUCAGAGGUUGGAACUUGGGAAAAAUCAGUGAAUUCAUAUUAGAGAGGCUCUUAUAAAUGAGAGGAUUGUGGGAAGUUAUAUGGACAAAGAUCAUACCUCAACAAGGGAGUUUCCACAGUUUUGAAAAGUUAAUAUAAUUAAUGUAAGUGGGCAAGUUGUAUGGGAAAUGAGUAUUCUAAAAUGCUCAUUUUAGCCAGUAAAAACGUUGAGUGUCUUAGGUCAA